GUUAAAUCUUUCCAUACACUGAGAGGAGUCUGAUGAUCUUCCUUGCGUGCUUAAAGUGUUGGAGAUCAUGUUACCAUUUAUUCUCUUUUCUACCCUGUUUUCUCCCAUAUUUACUGAAUCUGAGGAGCAGCUGUGGGUCUGCAACUCCUCUGAUACAACUAUUUCAUACACCUACUGUGAUAACAUAAAAUUCCCUAUUUCAAUUAGUGCUGAACCCUGUAUAACACUGAAGGGAACCAAUGGAAUUUUGCAUAUUGUAUUCAUUCCAAGGAGAGAUAUAAAAAAAUUAUAUUUCAAUCUCUUCAUCAAUCUCAACUCCAUGGUACUGCCGAAGCGCAAAGAAGUCAUUUGUCGAGGAUAUGACGAUGAUUAUUCCUUUUGCAGCGCUCUGAAGGGAGAGACUGUGAAUACAACAGUGCCAUUUUCCUUCAGAGGAAUACUAUUUUCUAAGACAUGGAAGGAAAAAAGCUUCCUUUUUCUGUUGGCUCAGCCUUCAUCCUCCAUGAUGAGUUCAUCUACCCUGUUGCUGCUGCUAAUUUUUCCACUGACAUUAGAGCCAGCUUCAUGGAUUGAAGACGAGUGGCGCUUCAGGAAUCUUCCAAAUUUUUGCACCAAGUUGGGACUGCUGAGGCAUCUUGCCUCAUUGACUGAGCAACUACUGGGUUCUUGGCCUCUGGUAUGAAACAGCCAUUAUUGGACUAAUCUGACCACAUU